ACACCACCCAAACGGCGCCCCCUCUUCACCCCAUCCCAGUCGCGCUUCAGCCAUGGUAAGACCACCAAAACCUCGCUCACGAGUUAACUCAUGGUCCCCCCCCCCUCUCCUUUCCUUCUUCCAUGUCAUCAAGACCAUAACGACCUCUGACAAGAAGAUUCCAUCUCUUUCACGCGUUCUUUGCUCACACGAUCCGUUUAAGGCGAGGGAGGAUGAAUGGUGAGCGUAGGAUUAAGUUUUAGCUCAAUCUACUCCCUCCAUUUGUCCCUUACUUGCUUCAACAAACGGAUUUAGAAAUUUUAAAGGAUUUUUUUUUUGGAAUUUCUUGGAGGAGAAGAAAAAAAAGCUUCUAGGAUCCCUAUAUAUUUGGGAUUUUCGGACAGAAAAGAGGGAGGAGAAAAUCAGAGAAGAGAGAGUUCGGAAAACGAGAGGGCUAGGGUUUUUCUGAAUUUUUUACUUUCUUCCUUCCAAUUUUCAGUCGAUUGAGCAUAACAUUUUAGAGUUCUCUUUGAGUCUUUCUUUCAUAUUCGAAACAGAAAAUAAAAAAAUAUAUAAUAGCUUCUGAUUUGUUUAACAAGAAUGGAGUUUAGCUGAUGUCCGUUGACUGCUCGUGAGGUUCUUGUUCGUGGUUCCAAAUCCAUUUUUGUUGUUGUUUUAUCCUGCUACUAGUCGCGAUAUUGCUGUUAGUUUGCUGGAAUUUGGAGUAAAAGCUUUGUAUACCCUGAAUCUUCUGUUCUACCGAAAGCUUAAGCUUCAACAGGUAUGGACCCGCUGAUUCGAUCCAAAGUGUUGAUGGUAGUAAAGAUUCCUAGGAAAUUAAUCAAGUGGUGGAAAACGUUUUCGUUGUUAGAGCAGCAUGAGUUAAUGCAGAAAUUGGGCACCCUCACUUCCCUUCUUGAUAUCACACCUCGCCCAGACUUAGUGGAGGCGGUGCUGACUUAUUGGGAUCCGCAAAAUUUGAUUUUCAGAUUUGGAGAGUGUGAGAUGACCCCUACCUUGGCAGAAAUGUCUGGUCUCACUCGUUUAAGCUAUAUAGGCAAGGACAUGAUACUUCUCCGAGACCAUUCUAGGACAAGAUUCCUCAGUGACCUGGGACUGAAAGAUAACAAGCAUUUAAAAUGCCUCGAGCAGUCCUGGAUAUCCUUGGAUUAUUUGUUUGCUAGAUUUGGACCACAUGAUAGUUUUGACGUCUUUUGGGAUGAGUUCUGCACAACCAAGGCAAAGUGGCAAAGACGUCGCCUCGAAGCUUUCAGCCUUGCUUUGUUGGGAUUAUUGGUUUUUCCAUUAGAUGAGAGGCACAUUAGCACCCGUCUGCAGUCAGUGGUAAUGGCACUAUUUCAUGAGAAGCAACAAAAAACCCUUACCGUUGUGCCAAUGAUCUUAGCAGAGUUGUAUCGAGCAAAAAGGCGGAUGACGAAAUCAAGUACGUGCAAUACUGGAACAAUGCAAAGAGGAUGAAGAAAAAUACAUUAGUAGAGGACGUUGACAGGCCCGAGUGUACUCAGGAGUACCUGAUUUGGUUACAGUCCGUCCCACCAAGGGUCAGCACCCCAUUGCCAGCACAACUUAGGGGUCGAGCAGUUCAGACAGAUGAUUUGAGGAGGCAUCAGACCAAGAUCCUUGGGAUAAGCUUGAGUUGAUAAAGUCUCAGUUAGCGGGAUUGGCAGCAAACGUGGAGCAGCAUAGCCAGUAUUUGUUUAAGGUUGGCCUUCAGGAUGUGGGGGCACACGCCAAGGCCUUUAUUCCCAGCAUCGGUGUUUCUUUACGAGGCAUGUUACAGGGUUUGAACAUGACGGACAGCCCAGGACCAUCCUAGCCAGGACCGUCGCAUUCAGGAGCAGCUUGAGGGGUCAUUCUAUUUAGGUGUUUUGACAUUGUCUUAUGUUGUCUUUUACUUUCGUGUCUUGUCUAGAAAUACUGAGUCCUUUAGGUAGUUUCAAAGUCUGUCGUAGUAUAGUUGAGUCUGUCAUGUCUUGCAUUAUCGUACUUCCUAAUGUAUUUUAAUAUCGAAAAGUUUUUAAAUGAAAAAUCCCAAAAAUAUUUUAUUUCUAGUUUAUUUUCCAUCACUUUUCCAGAACUACGCUCGGUUUGAUUCAUAAGGGACAUGAUACAUAAGCAACCUACAUCUGGUUCGAUCAAAUCAUUUUGCAAAAGAAAAAAAGAAAAAAAAAGAGAAAAAAAGAAAUAAAAAAGAGAAAAGAGUGAUAAGAGGUGUUGGAAAAGAAAGAGAAUGAAGGAUGGAACUGAGCAAAUUGGGAUGAUACCAUAUGAUCUUGCGACCCUCAAAGCCA